AUGGAAAUUAUCGAAAUGGGACACAUCCAAAAAAAACGGAAAAAUUUGGAAAAAAAUAAUCGAUUGCACUUCAAACAAACUUUGGAAAAAAAUCGCGAGAAAAAAAAAACAACAAUAACAAAAAGAAGAAGACAGAAGAAAUAG